AUGGCUACGGGGUUGGCCUUGCCACGGUUCAUAGCCCUCCAGGGAACCAGUAAAUACUUGUGCUUCGUUCGUAAAGAUGAAGAGCUUGGCGGUUUCUUACAGCACGCUGGAGAUGAGAAUGUGAGUCCAUGCACCAAGUUUGAAACAGAGUGUGCUAGGACUGAUGAAAACUUGGUGCACAUAAAAUGUUGUUAUAACAACAAGUACUUGGUGAGAUCUUCCCAGAAGGAAUGUUGGAUUGUUGGGGAAGCUCAUGAACCCGAGGAAGACAAAUCCAAAUGGUCUUGCACGCUGUUCCGACCUUUUGUCACCGAUGCUGAUGAGAGUUCCUUCAAGUUCAUUCAUGUCCAAUACGGGGGCUAUUUGGACAUUGAUGCUGGUCUGAAUUGCUUGUGCAUUAGGCAAAUAGAUUUUGCGAGUGCGCGAAGCUUCAAAGUGGUAAACAUGGAGUCCUCGGUGAUACUGCCUCAACAUGUUACGUUCAAAGGUUAUAAUGACUUAUACCUUAGUGCACGGGUGAUCCAAAACUAUCCAUAUCAUCAGUUUGCAUCCGACGACAUUUAUGAUCCAACCAUUAGGUACGAGGUCUUCAAAGCAAGUAACGGAAAUGUUCGCAUAAAGUCCAAUCACUUUGGCAAGUUUUGGCGGCGUAGUCCCAACUGGAUAUGGGCGGACAGUGAUGACACCACUGUCAGGAACAAUGACACAUUGUUUCGGCCAGUCAGGAUUAAAGGCAAUGUUAUUGCUCUCAAAAAUUUAGGCAACGACCGCUUUUGCAAUGCCCUAACCACAGAGGGCAAGACUAACUGCCUUAAUGCCCUUGAGGCUGAGAUUAAUAAAUGGUCUCAUCUUCAAAUGUAUGAGGUUGUAAGCAAAAGGGAAAUCUAUGAUGUAACAUAUCACGUAAACAAUGCCAAGACUUAUAAAGCACCAGGCGGAACUGUGGUGACCAAAGAGAUAGAUAAUGAGACUGCUUCCGAAGCAGAGGGAACAGUGAGUUUUUUAUACAAAGAAACUAAGACCCAAACUUGGAAUGCUUCUCAUGCUUGGUCUAUGGAAGUUUCCACCACUAUAAAAACCGGUAUUCCAUUUCUGGCAGAUGGAGCAAUUAAUGUUGGUGCGUCAUAUACAGGAGCAUUUUCCUGGGGAGAAACUAUUGAACAAUCAACAGAAACCAGGACAAAUUUGACUGUAAAUGUUUCGCGCAUGGCCACGACAAAAGUGACUCUAAUAGUAACAAAAGGAGCCAUAGACGUCCCAUUCUCAUACACUCAACGUGACACUCUUUUUAGUGGAAAAAUUGUGACCUCACGAUUUGAUGAUGGCCUGUUUACUGGGGUCACUACCUCCUUCAAAUAUCACAUCGUGGGACAGUGUCUUCCUCCAACAACAAAAUAG